ACGUGCACACUAAAAAAAGGAAGAUGGCGGCUUUCAGUGCAAAGUAAAUUUGACCAGAACUAGCAGAACGCUUCACCGGCUUCACCAUGACGUGAGCAAGAUCAAAAUUGUGCGCGGCUCUUCAAUUGAGAUGCGCGAUGUCUUUAACGGCGACCACACGCUGUAGGGUUCGCUUGCUAAACCGAGCCGUGUGGCGUCAGUUAGGGACACGCACUCUGGCACUUCGUAGCGGCGCCCGCACCGCCGCGACUUACCGGUCCUAUUUGCACUGCCUGAAACAGGAAAGCUCGCGGUUGCGACAGACACCUUUACGACCGUCAUUUUCGUUUCGCAACUAUUCGUCUAGAAGCGACGCCGAUAGUGUCACGAAGUCGACCAUCAUACUCCAGGAUGGUGUGAGCAUCGAAGAGCUGCCGGUUCUCAUCAAGAAGGCCACCGCGGAGUCGCUCCUUGACAACGACCAAACGACGCGCGGAAGCUUCGAUGAACUUCCGAAAGCAUCGAGGGAAGGCGCCUCGCCUAAGGUGUCCGCGAUAAUUAAAAAGUGCACGUCGGUGAAAGACGUUUACGUUGUUCUGAGGAAAGCCGAUCCCAAAGACCUGACGCCGGCUAUCGGUGUUCAGGCGCUCGACAAGCUGUUGCAAGUUCGAGACGUCGGGCUGGACGCACCACCAAAACGCCCUAAGUCUAGCGAGCCUGACGGUGUGUCGCUCGUCAUUGGCGAGCUGUGCAAGCUCAUCACGACAGCCGGGAGCUCCGAGGUUAUACUGGACGGACUCAGGUGCGUCGUGAGGCAUCGGUACGGCGAAGAAGACCGGAAGCGCUACGUGGACACCUUCGUCCAGGUCAUCCUCAGCCGCAUCUGCGACGGCACCAUCAAGCUCCCCGACCUUCUGGAAGCCACGUUACUACUGGUCAGCUGCGGCAGCCAGUACCUGGGCACGGUGGACCACUUCUGGCAGAGCAUUGUCACGCAAGCGGUCGACAUGGAGAAGGACGACGUGCUCAAGCUGUACAGCCUGCUGCCGUACUUCAAGAGUUCGCAGAGCGUCGUGCUUCGCGCCGUGGCGCGCAACACCACCAAGAACGUGUUGUCGCUGGGCGCCGACGACGUGGCCUACAUCCUGGGCGUGCUCACGCGAGUGAAGCUGGUGCCCCAGAGCCUGCUGCUGAGCCUGACCAAGUGGCUGAACCUCAACUUGCACGUCGUUCCCGAAAAGGAGUUCUGCAGCGUGGUGCGCUGCUUGCAGGCCCUGCGCUACAUUGACUCCAACUCGUCGAAGGCGGUCGAGCGGUACGUCCGCAUCAAGGGCUCCGGUAGCCGCGAGGAAACGAUGGACGCGCUGGCCUCUUACUGCCGGGUCUUUCGCUGGAGGAGUGAACCCGUGUUCAACUCUGCGUCCGACUUCUUUGUGGCGAAUCAUAAGGCCAUGUCUCUGCCCACGGCUGUUAACAUGGUCCGUGCUCUCGGCUACCUCAACAUUGUCCCCAAGAAUGCCAUGGAGUUCUUUGGCUCCUUGGAAUGGCUCCUUCGGGAGAGGUUCAACCAAAUCCCCUCGAACCAGCUGGUCGACAUGCUGAUCGCCUGCUUCUACCUGCAGAGGUAUCCACUCAACUUUGUCAAGAAGGUGUUCAGCCCACACUUUCUCGACAAGAUGAAUGGGAGCCUAGAACGAAAUGAACUGCGCAAGACGCACCAGAAACUGAAGUUCCUAGACUCGGCGCUCUCGUUGGAAUGCAAGCAUUAUCAUGGCCCUUAUUUACCGAGGGACUACUCAUCAAAAAGUGUGAAGAGAGAUGGAAGGCUACUCCGCCUGAUGUGCUCGAUGCAAGAUGACAUGGAAGUGAUUUUGGGAGGCGAAGGAAACUUCAGCUUCUCUGUGGUGCAACCAAGGCUGCCUCUCUCCGACAUGUACAUCAUCGACUACGUUGUGCAACUGAACAAUCAAGGCAAGCCGAUUCCCGCAGAUGCCGUGAGUGGUGUAGAUAAACGGUUAGCUGUGAUCAUCGCCCUCCCCGAGCACUACAGCAUGGACAGCCUGCACGCAAUGGGACACCAUGCGACGCGAAUGCGGCUCCUCCAAGCGCUAGGCUACAGUGUCAUUGAGCUCAACUAUGACGCUCUUCUGAAGACGAGACCGGCGUCUAAAGAACGACUGAAUUACUUAAGUACAAAGAUUUUACCCCCAUCCUGACGACCGCAUAAAACAAUUCGCACAGCACGUUCACUCCUGUACAGAUAGAAUAAAUUAUUUAAAUUUUA